GGGGUGCUCAAUUCGGAUCUGCCCGUGGCUUCCUUGGCGCCGGAGGCGGCCGGUGGCCUCAUCGCUCUCCGUGUCCUCAUGCUGGAUGCCAUCCCGGCCAUGCUGAGCUGCGAGGACCGGCCGGUCCUCCAAGCUGUGUUUCUCAGCAACAACUGCUUUGAGCACAUCAUCCGCCUCCUCCAGAACAGCAAGGUUUUUGACGGCAGCUCCGAUGCCAUCGCGGUCCAUGCUGUCAGAGUGCUCACCGCCAUCAUGAGCAACUCGCCCUCAGCCAAGGAGGUGUUCAAGGAGCGCAUCGGCUAUGCCCACCUCUACGAGGUGUUGAGGAGCCAAGGCCAGCCCACCCAACGCCUGCUCCAGGAGCUCCUCAACAUGGGCCCCCCCCGGGCGCUGCAGUGCUUCGACCUGACGCCCGGCAUGGCGGGGAUCAUGGUGCCUGCCAUCCAGAAGUGGCCCGGUGGUGCCUUCGCCUUCCACUCCUGGUUGUGCCUGAGCGAGGAGGAGCCCGAGCCACCGGUGAGGCCGAAGAGGAGGCAGCUCUACAGCUUCUUCACAGCCGGCGGGACGGGCUUCGAGGCGUUCUUCACCGCCGGCGGUGUGUUGGUGGUGGCCGUCUGCACCAAGAAGGACUACAUGACGGUGGCAUUGCCGGAGUUUGCCUUCAACGACUCGGCUUGGCACUGCGUUGACAUUGUCCACAUCGCUGGCCGACGGCCCUUUGGCCAGAACAUCGUCAGCAUCUACGCUGAUGGGCACUUGCGGAAGACGGCGCAGCUCCGCUUUCCGUCCCUCCACGAGUCCUUCACCUCCUGCUGCAUCGGCUCUGCACGCCACCGGACUCACACCACCAGACCAAACGUCACAUCACCGUUUGCGCUAGAAGGUGACUUGGUGGAGCUCAGCAGCAAGCUUUUGCUGUACUACACCCCACAGGCCUGCAGGAACAACAUCUGCCUGGACCUCUCUCCCAGCCAUGGCUUGGACGGGAGGCUGACGGGACACAAGGUGGUCAACUGGGACAUAAAGGACGUGGUCAACUGCGUGGGUGGGAUGGGCGUGCUGCUACCCCUGCUCGAGCAAGUGGUUUCCAAGAAGGAGGAGCCCGAGGAUGAGCAGGAGACCAAUGACCUGGUGGGGCCAGAGCUGACAUCCUCCAGGAACGCCCAGGGCAUGCUCAUCCCGCUGGGCAAGUCCUCAGAGAGCAGGCUGGAGAGGAACAGCGUGGCCGCCUUCCUGCUGCUGGUGAAGAACUUCAUCCAGAACCACCCAGUGAACCAGGAGAGCCUGGUACAGUGCCACGGGCCGGCCAUCAUUGGGGCGCUGCUGCAGAAGGUCUCCAGUCCGCUGCUGGACAUGAGCACGCUGAUGGCCUCACAGAUCCUCAUGGAGCAGGUGGGCUCCGAGGGCAGCGGGCUCUUGCUGCACCUCCUCUACCAGCAUCUCCUCUUCGACUUCCGCAUCUGGAGCAACAGCGACUUCGCCGUCCGCUUAGGUCACAUCCAGUAUCUGGCCAACGUCGUCAAGGACCACAAGCAGCGCGUCCGCAAGAAGUACGGGGUGCAGUACAUCCUCGACUCCAUCCGGACGUACUAUGGCACCUCCAGGGAGAAGACCACAGCCACCGAUGACAUCAAGACGGUGCAGACGUCCCUCUUCAGUCUGGUGAAGGAUUUCUUCUGCAGGAGCUUCUCCGGGGAGGAGAUGCAGAGCUUGCUGAGCUACGUGGCCGGGGCACAGGACGAGCAGCAGGUCUGCGGGGCACUGGAGGUGAUCCACAGCCUGCUGAAGGGCUCACCUGCCCAGGAGCAGCUCUUUGCCUUCCUCUUUGAGCCAGGCCACGUGGAGGUCCUCUUCUCGCUACUGGUGCAGAAGAAGUUCUCGGAUGAAGUGCGGGAGAGGGUCUUCAAGGUCCUCUACAAGAUGCUGAAGUACGAGAAGGUCCCUGAGCGCAGCAAGAACCGCCUGAAGCUGAAGGACAUCGGGUACCAGGGGCUGAUCGCCUGCCUCAGCGACGUCCCCAGCUCCAUGCUGCUCUUCCGCUGCCUCUCGGAGCAGGUCCUCGGGGCAGACCCUCCCAACUACAAGGACCUGGUGGCCGUGGUUUACCUGUCCCACCGGGCCGAGCUGACCGUCCGGCUAGAUAUCUGCCGCAAGCUCUUCCACUUGAUCUACGCGCAGCAGGACAUGGUGAAGCAGCUGGCGAGGUUGGCCGGCUGGCAGGACACGCUCACCAAGCUCUACGUCAAGGAGUCCUACGAGACACGCUCACCAAGCUCUACGUCAAGGAGUCCUACGAGUCCCGUCAGCACAGCCUGAGCAACGCGGGCAACGGGGGCUGCCUGGAGCUCCUCCUCCUCUCGGACACUCCCAGCAAAGAGCGGUGAUGGUCCUCCCUUUGAUGGUGUCUAUCACCCACUCUCACCCUUCUCCACCUCACCCUUUGACCUGGGGCUUGACCUGGCCAGCACCUGCUCCAGUGACACAGCCGAGAGUGGCACGCAGACCCCCACCAGCGGCCCUGGCACCCCCUCACCCCUGGAGAGCUUCAAGCCCUUCCCGGGGAUGCGAGCACGCAAGAGCUCCAGCCUCUCCAACGUCCUGGAUGAGAGCAGCUACCAGGAUGCUCUGCCCAGUGACAAUGUCUCCAACACCAGCAACCCCCAGCAAACGCCUGAGGAGGAGCUGUGCAACCUCUUGACCAACAUCAUCUUCUCGGUGACCUGGCGCGGGGUGGAGGGCUGGGAUGACGCAGCGUGGAGGGAGCGCGGGCAGGUCUUCUCCGUCCUCACCAAGCUGGGGAUGGCGUGUGAGCUGGUGCGGCCCCCUGAUGAGAUCAAGCGCAGCCUGCUGGAGAUGAUGUUGGAAUCGGCGCUGACGGACCUGAAGGAGUCGGGGCCGGCCACCCUGCCCGGUCUCACCCACAACGCCCUCAAGCUGCUGCGGCUGCUCCAGGACUUCUUGUUCUCCGAGGGACACAACAACCAGGCUCUGUGGAGCGAGAAGAUCUACGAGGGGGUGAGCAGUCUGCUGGACAAGCUCGGCGUCUGGUACCACCUGGCCAACGGCACCUCCGACCUCAAGGAGAUGGCCCAGACGGGUCUACGCGUCCUCGUGGGCUACAUCAUGCUGCAAGACCCCCAGCUACACUCGCUGGCGUACGUGAAGCUCCACAGCCUGCUGCAGACCGCCUCGGCCCCCAAAAAGGACGAGGCUUGCUACCUGCUGGCCAGGCUGGAGACCCCGCUGCGACGCUCGCUGGACGCCAAGUCGGAGACCUUCUCCUGGUUGGUGCCCAUCGUCCGCACUCUCAUGGACCAGUGCUACGAGACCCUGCAGCUGCAGGUCUUCCUGCCCUCACUGCCCCCCACCAACGGCAGCCCAACCUUCUACGAGGACUUCCAGCUCUUCUGCACCACCCCAGAGUGGAGGGGCUUCAUCGAGAAGCACGUGCAGCCCACCAUGGCCCAGUUUGAGAUGGACACCUUCGCCAAGAGCCACGACCACAUGUCCAAUUUCUGGAACGCCUGCUACGAUGCCAUGAUGAGCAGCUCCCAGCGACGGGAGCAGGAGAAGGCGGCCAGCCGCAAGAUGUUCCAGGAGCUGGUGCUGGAGCCGGCGGCGAAGCGCUGCAAAGCAGAAAACGCCCGGCACGCCAACGUGCUCAAGCAGGCCAACAACCACCACAGCACCGUGCUGAAGCAGUGGCGGUCCCUGUGCCGCCUCCUCACCUCACCCCGCUCCGCCUGGGCUGACCGGAACCCACCGGAGGUUCGCUGGAAGCUGUCGAGCGCCGAGACCUACUCCCGGAUGAGGCUGAAGCUGGUGCCCAACCUGAAUUUUGACCAACACUUGGAGGCCAGCGCGCUACGGGACAACUUGGGAGCCGACCACCUUCACAACCCCGCCGAGUCCCUGCCACUCGCCAUGGCCAAGGAGGCCAAGGUGAGCGAGCUGGAAGAUGACCAACUGGCCGAGGAGGACCUCCCCGUCCUGGACAACCAGGCUGAGCCUAAGGAGCAAAACCAGCGGGAGAAGCUGGUGGUCUCAGAGGACUGCGAGCUCAUCACGACGGUGGCGGUUGUCCCCGGCCGCUUGGAGGUCACAACCCAGCACGUCUACUUCUACGACGGCAGCAGCGAGAAGGAGGAGACAGAGGGAGGGAUCGGCUACGACUUCAAGCGCCCCUUGUCCCACCUGCGCGAGGUCCACCUGCGCCGCUACAACCUACGCCGCUCUGCACUUGAGCUCUUCUUCAUCGACCAGGCCAACUACUUCCUCAACUUCAAAAAAAAGGUGAGGAACAAGGUAUACUCCUGCAUCCUUGGCCUGCGUCCCACCAACCAGAUCUACUUCGGCAGCCGGUCACCCCAGGAGCUGCUGAAAGCCUCAGGGCUCACCCAGAAAUGGGUCCUGCGGGAGAUCUCCAACUUCGAGUACCUCAUGCAGCUGAACACGAUUGCAGGACGCACCUACAAUGACCUCUCCCCUCCUUACGUCUCGGAGACCCUCGACCUCACCGACCCAGCCGUGUUUCGGGACCUGUCCAAGCCCAUCGGGGUGGCCAACGAGCGGCACGCCCGGGACGUGAAGGAGAAGUACGAGAGCUUCGAGGACCCCACGGGCACCGUGGACAAGUUCCACUACGGCACACACUACUCCAACGCGGCGGGCGUCAUGCACUACCUGAUCCGCACCGAGCCCUUCACCACCCUCCACAUCCAGCUGCAGAGCGGCAGGUUUGACUGCUCGGACCGGCAGUUCCACUCGGUGCCAGCAGCGUGGCAAGCCCGCAUGGAGAACCCCGUAGACGUCAAGGAGCUCAUCCCCGAGUUCUUCUACUUCCCUGAGUUCCUGGAGAACCAGAACGGCUUCGACCUGGGCUGUCUGCAGCUCUCCAACGAGAAGGUGGGCGACGUGGUGCUGCCCCGGUGGGCGCGCUCCCGCGAGGACUUCAUCUACCAGCACCGCAAAGCCCUGGAGUCAGAGUACGUCUCAGCCCACCUCCAUGAGUGGAUCGACCUCAUUUUUGGGUACAAGCAACGAGGCCCGGCCGCCGUGGAGGCCCUCAACGUCUUCUACUACUGCACAUAUGAGGGGGCCGUGGACCUGGACGCCAUCGCUGAUGAGACGCAGAGGAAAGCUCUGGAGGGCAUCAUCAGCAACUUUGGGCAGACGCCCUGCCAGCUGCUCAAGGAACCCCAGCCCGCCCGGCUGUCGGCAGAGAGCGCUGCCCGGAGGCUGGCCCGCCUCGACACCCGCUCACCCAACGUCUUCGAGAACCUGGACCAGCUGAAGUCCUUCUUCGUGGAGGGCAUCAGUGAUGGGGUGGCUCUGGUGCAAGCAGUGGUCCCCAAGAACCAGGCGCACUCCUUCAUCACUCAGGGAUCACCCGACGUCCUGGUCACCGUGAGUGCCAACGGCUUGUUGGGCACCCACAACUGGUUACCCUACGACAAGAACAUCUCCAACUACUUCAGCUUCACCAAAGACCCCACCGUCUCCAACGCAAAGACCCAGCGCUUCCUGCAGGGCCCCUUCGCCCCCGGCGCGGACCUCUGCUCCCGCACGCUGGCCGUGUCCCCCGACGGGAAGCUGCUCUUCAGCGGGGGGCAUUGGGACAACAGCCUCCGCGUCACCUCGCUGGCCAAAGGGAAGGUCGUUGGGCAGAUCACCCGGCACAUAGAUGUUGUCACCUGCCUGGCGCUUGACCUCUGCGGCAUCUACCUCAUUUCUGGGUCGCGAGACACCACCUGCAUGGUGUGGCAGGGGCCACAGCAGGGUGGGUUCUCCAGCGGCUUGGCUCCCAAACCUGUCCAGGUCCUAUACGGCCACGACGCUGAGGUGACAUGCGUGGCCAUCAGCACCGAGCUGGACAUGGCGGUGUCGGGGUCCAAGGAUGGCACCAUCAUCAUCCACACCAUCCGCCGGGGUCUCUUCAUCCGGUCCCUGCGGCCGCCCGGCGAGAGCUCUCCACCCGCUGUCCUCUCCCACCUGGCCGUGGGGCUGGAAGGGCUGGUGGCCGCCCAGACCACCGUGGGUCAGCGAGCCUGCUCCAAGGAGAGGUUUGCGCUGCACCUCUACUCGGUGAACGGGAAGCACCUCUCCUCCGUCCCCCUGGACGAGGAGGUGACGGCCAUGUGCCUGACGGAGGAGUUCGUGGUGCUGGGGACCACGCAGUGCGGGCUGGAGAUCCGUGACCUCCAGAGCCUCAGGGCGGCCAUGUCCCCCGUGCCCAUGCGGGUGCCCGUCCACAGCGUGUCCAUCACCAAGGAGAAGAGUCACAUCUUGGUGGGGUUGGAGGAUGGCAAGCUCAUCGUGGUGGGGGCUGGGCAGCCCGCUGAGGUCCGACCCGGCCAGUUCCACCGGCGGCUGUGGCGUUCCACGCGACGCAUCUCCCAGGUCUCGGCCGGCGAGACGGAGUACAACCCCGCCGAGGGCAGGACCUAG